GCGGUUACGAGCACUCGAUGAUGCAGAAUGAUAUGGCUAGCAAUGGUGCGCAUGCUCGGCUCGUAUCGACGAUGCUACGCUGACGGCGCUGUCGACGCAGGCGCUGCCAGCUCAGGCGGUUACUUCCAGCCGCGGCAGGCGCAAGAUGCACGCGCAUAUACCCACCCUGCGGGUAAUUACUACCGUCCCACUGCGGAUGCAAACACGACCGGAAGGCGACAGCCCCAUCCUGACGCAGGUGCUUACCACAUGCAAACCGCUCCUUUCCCUGCCACGAAUAGUAGUCAUUAUCCGGCCGCCCUACCCGCUCAAGGUCUAUCUGUCGCCUACAACAUGACAACCUCACCUGAUCCCAUGAACAUGAAUCAGUUCGAGACUGAGUCCUUUGUCGGACAAGGUGUACAUGGACCCAAUGCACCUGCCAAGCGACAGCGGGCUAAUGCUGCGAGUUUUGAUGACGCAGACGACGCAGAUGACGAGGAUCGGGAGAUGAACAGGUUACGGCCACAAGGGGCCUGUGCGCGAUGCAAGGGCCUCAAAGUCAAGUGCGAAUUUCGCGCCGACACCGACGUAUGCAAGCGAUGCCUCAACGCUGGCCAACCAUGCCAAAUCCCCGGCCGCAAGAAGCGGCGCACUCCACCGUCAGUACUAGGUUCUCGUCUCGCAUCGAUUCAUAUCCUCAAGUCUAUCCCAGAAAGCGCGAGCACCUGCUCAAUCAGAUUCGCGAGCAGGCAGACGUGAUCAAAAACCUCAUGGGCCAGCUUGAGCAGCUCGGCCACGCC